CGAGAGUGGUCACGUGACCCAAGUCUUGUGACUGGUCUGACUGAUCCAGCAAAGAGCUGAGCACGUUACCGCUUGCACCUUGUACUUCGGGACUCGGGACCCUGUUGAGAGAGUAGGGGUGGGAGAGUUCGCACGUACAGAAGGGAUCGGGUACAUGUGACCCUGCGCAUCUUUUUUCUCCCCCUCCCCUUCCCGUGAUUGAGUCUCCCACAAACUUGUGUCCACACCCUACUGACAGGGAAGCUGCUUUGACUUGUGAUUGAUCUCCUUCCAGCCAGUCCGUGGCCGCUCCGCUAGAGAAUGGAUACCAAGCCCCUUCUGCAGGACAGACCCCCAGCCUACAGCCCGCCGGUACCGGGGGGAUUUGACUACGGGCAGCAGCAGAACUAUGGCACUAUUCCUGGAGCUCCACAGACAGCUGCCCAGCCCGCCUACCCUCCUGCCUACCCUUACCCUGCUGCCUCUGGAUAUGCUCCUUCUUCCCAGCUGGCCUAUCCAGGCACUUACACCAUAAUCCAACAGCCAGCAGCAACUACGUCCGUGGUGGUGGUGGGAGGCUGUCCUGCAUGCAGAGUUGGCGUCUUGGAAGAUUCCUUCACUUGCCUGGGCCUGUUCUGCGCCAUCUUCUUCUUUCCUAUUGGGAUCCUGUUCUGCCUGGCACUGAGACAGCGGAGAUGCCCCAACUGUGGAGCUACUUUUGGUUAAGGCCAACUAACCCCACAGAAGCUUUAUAUCAUGCACUUCUCAGUUCCCUUCUUUCAAUCUCAUUUAGGUGCACAAUCCUUCUAUUUGAUUCAAUUGCAUAUUUGUACGAGGGGUGUGUGAUAACGUUCCUUCCUUUUCCUGGUUAUUGCAUAGGGAUCAUGUGACAGGUGGAAGUGUGACGCUUCCACACUCUGGUGCCUUUAAAAAUUGUACGGAACAAUUUAGUCUGUCCUUCCUCUGUCUACCAAUUACAGGGACAGAGACGUUUCUUUGCUCCCUGUCUGCUGCAGAACUACAACUCCCAGAUGCUGACUGGGCCAAGGAUGCUGGGAAUUGUAGUUCAGCAACAGGCGGUGAGCUAGGAACUGGUUUCCCCUGAUCUAAUGUAAAAGUGACAUUGUUUCAGUUAACGGACCUGUGGGUUGUUUUGGUUUUUUUUUUGUAUGUAAUUCUGUAACAUGUACAAAUUUUAUAGUAAAACCAGAAAAGCACUGUGAAAAUAUUAAAGAUAAUUCUAUGAUUGA